CCCUUGCUUCCUUUCCACUAUGACAUUCCUUCGCCUCGUUCACCAAAGGUUUCGUGGAUACUCUACUACAUCUGGCUUAAAACGCACCGGUCUAUAUGACUUCCACCUCAAAAAUGGCGCGAAAAUGGUUCCAUUUGCAGGGUACGAAAUGCCGUUGAGCUAUGGAGACGUAGGUCAAGGUGGUUGCCAGUCAUAAUCAUGUUAGGAAUAGCGCGGGGUUGUUUGAUGUCGGACAUAUGGUUCAGUCAAAAUUUCGAGGGCCGAGUACGACGCGAUUUCUGGAAUGGCUAACGCCAUCCUCCCUUUCUACACUCAAACCAUACAACUCGACGCUAUCAGUUCUGCUGAAUGAGCAUGGAGGUAUCAUCGACGAUACAGUCAUAACGAAGCACGCCGAAGAUGCGUUCUACAUCGUCACAAAUGCCGGAAGACGCGACCGGGACCUACAAUGGCUCCAAGGAAAACUUGAAGAGUGGAACUCAGAAGAGGGGAAAGGAAAAGGCGCGAAAGUCGAGCUUGAAGUUCUUGAAGGUUGGGGGCUAUUAGCUCUCCAGGGGCCAGAAUCGGCUUCAUACCUACAAACCCUUACGCCCUUUGAUCUCACAAAACUGCCCUUCGGAACGUCGGCAUGGGUGUCUAUUGAAGGCUAUAACCUACAUGUCGCCCGAGGAGGAUAUACGGGAGAAGACGGAUUCGAGAUUUCAAUCCCACCUUCCCAAACGGUCGACGUCGCAACGCUACUCUCCAAGGACACCAAAGUCGUUCAGCUUACAGGUCUAGGAGCCCGAGAUUCUCUCAGGUUGGAAGCAGGGAUGUGUUUGUACGGCAACGAUUUGGAUGAGACGACAUCACCGGUGGAGGCUGGGUUGACUUGGGUGAUUGGUAAAGACCGUCGAGAAACGGGAACUUUCAUUGGUGCUGAAGGAGUUCGAAAACACCUAAAAGAAGGUCCACCCAGACGAAGAGUAGGAUUCGUAGUUGAGGGUGUACCUGCCCGGCAGGGAGCCAAGAUCUUUGCUCAACAAACCCAGGUUGGAAGUGUAACUUCCGGAAUACCUUCUCCUACGUUAGGAAAGAAUGUCGCUAUGGGGUAUAUUCAAAGCGGACAUCAUAAGAAAGGGACUGAAGUUGAAAUUGAGGUUAGAGGGAAGAUGAGGAAGGCGGUGGUUGAAGGGAUGCCGUUUGUCAAACCGAGAUAUUAUCGUGGGUGAAACUAGGAAGUGUCAUUACAGAGUAACCGUUACGCGUACAUUCACUAUCCAUCCCCUGUGAAGGUUUAUUGAAAACACCUGUCCGGAAGCUUUACAGUUCUGUCACUCGAUCUAUCCUCGGAUACUUCAUACAGACCUCCACCCUGAAGAAUUUCUCAAAUAUUCGCAAACCUCCUCAAGUUCAAAGGUUG